AUGGCUUGCACAAGUUUUCACGAGAUCUUCACUCGGCAACGCCGCUUCCUAUCCGCUUCCUCUUGGAAGAGGAAAGGCGAACUUUUUUGCAUGAAGAACUGCCAAAGCUAUGCAGAAUCGAACAGAGAUUAUCGCCUGCGCGGAAAAGAAGUGCUACGAGGCCGCUUAUUCCUGCCGUUGAUGAUGCUAGUGAAGCUCCUGCCAUCGUUUCUUCGACCUUUGACACAGGCCAGCAGUCACGGCCAGCUUUGGCCCUCCUCUUGGCACCCAGGCGAGAUGCCAGAGGUGGCCGUCCCUCCUGAUCUGAUUUCGUUCAACGCAGCCGCUUGGUCUUCAGUGUGGGCCGAGAUAUGCCGGGACUUGGCCAUCAACGCAUGUGAGAAGGCGAGCGACUGGCAAGCCGCUCUGGAGGUUUUCAUGGCGACACCCCAGGGACUGCCAAAUGAGAUCACAUACAACACCACCAUCAGCGCAUGCCACAAAGGCUCUCACUGGCAAGGUGCUUUGGAUCUGUUCUGCUCCAUGGAAUUGCGAGCCUUGGCCCCCAAUGUCAUCACGCACAGCGCCACCAUGGCAUCCUGCUUGCGAGGAAAUGCGUGGCAGAAGGCUCUCGAGAUGUACGGCCGACUGCCAGUCGUCGAACGGGAAGGGAAUCCGAUCCUCGUCGGGCUGAUGCUCCAGGCUUGCAGAGUCCGGCAUAGUGUGCGGAGAUUGUCGGUGGAGGCGCUUGGAGCAGCCAAGGCUUGGGAGGAGGCCGUUGCACAUAUUGAAAGGCUUGCCAAACCUGGGUCUGGCGCCAUCGACACACUGUGCUUUACCGCAGCAGUGAGGACAUGCGGUUCCUGCGGCGAGUGGGCUUGGGCAAUGUAUCUGCUGGACAAGAUGCAGGGCCGGGGCUUUUUGCCAGAUGUGGUUACCGCGACUUUGGUUCUCAGUGCUUGCCGGCAAUCUGGGCAAUGGCAAACCGCGCUUGGAAUCUUGAGGGAGAAGAUGCCGUCCCUGGGCAUUGAGCCGAGCAGUUCAAGCAUCAAGACUGUUCUGGCGGCUUGUUUCGAGGCAAACCAGCUUGCAGCUGGCCUGGAACUGCUCAAGGAGUCCCCGCUGCUGAGGGACUCCACGGAGUGCAGCCGUGCAUUGACACACCUGGCAUCAGCCCAGGAGUGGGAGGAGGCCCUCUGGAUCACAUCUCACAUGUUGGAGCAUGGCCUCGAGCUGAGCGCAGGCAUCCAGCUGAGACAGGUGCCGCAGCUGGCGCAGCUUCCCGUGAGUUCGGCACCGCCGAAACCACGCCCUCAGCGGCCACCGCCACCUGUCCGACAGACCGAGGACGAAAAGGUGGUUGGCAAUGUCGAGGAGCAAGAGGAGACCCAGACCACGCCAUCCAUGGCAGUGAAGGCGGCAGAGCCGGACCAGCAAGAGGAGACCCAGACCACGCCAUCCAUGGCAGUGAAGGCGGCAGAGCCGGACCAGCAAGAGGAGACCCAGACCACGCCAUCCAUGGCAGUGAAGGCGGCAGAGCCGGACCAGCAAGAGGAGCAGAGGGAGCUCAGCUACCGCCUUACCGACUCUGGAGCUGCCUUGAUUGACCUGCACGGCCUGCCUGUCGAGGUUGCAAAGAUUGCGGUGCAGGUUGCCCUCGAAGACUUGCUUCUGGGGCCACCCACAGGAAAAGCCCCAGCCAAGGAGCUUGGUGACUUCAUCAUUGUCACGGGCGUGGGCAACAACAGCCCAGGUGGCAUAGCCGUCGUGCGGCCAGCAGUGAUUGCCCUCCUUCGUGAGGAGCUGCAAAUUCGGGUGCUGGAGACGCGAACUGAUGGACCCGGACGGCUUCGAGUCCCGGCCUCCGAACUCAGGAAGCUGCGUGGUGUGCCGAAGCCGACAAGGUGA